UGACUGAUUGAUAUUCUGUCAAAUAAGAUGAAUAACAAAACAAUUGAUGCGCGGUGAAAAGAAUUUGAACGACGAACAAACGAUUAUAAUUCAUUUUUUGAAAGAACAAGUUGUUUCGAUUCCGAACAACAUAAAAGACCCAAAGGAAAUAAAUCAUAUCGAAGUGAUAAAAAGGUAUUUUAAGUUAAUUUGGGUUAAUUCAAUCACAAAAUGCCUCCCCGAAAAAAGAAACAAGUUCCGCCUGCCAAUGCCGAAAUCAUUCGUGAGCAGAUUCAAUUGUUGAAGACGGAAAAGGAAUUGAAAGAGUCAUUGCAUAAGAUAAAAGAUCACAUCCACAAGCUGCUGGUGGAAGAGCUCGAGUUAAAGUCAGCAUUGGCACAAAGCACUCAAGUCUAUGAAACAACACCAAAACAAGAACCAACCAAUACAGUCUACCAAUUUGAUUCACCCGUGAAUGUGAUCAAUGAACAAAAGCUGGACCUAUUUACGGGACAAUCUAGCCAAGGAAUGGAAGAAUAUGACGAAGAAGAUUAAACACAUGUUGAUUGUUUUCCAAAAUAGUGCCUUUAAUAUGCCAUAUAUUAAUAAAAAUAACAGAAAAAAUACAGACAUUCUUUUAACAUGAGCAGCUGAAGCAAACUUUCUUUGUAAAUAUAUAAAUAGGUAAAUGCUAUGUCCACUGGAACAGCUUCAAACGUUUAAAGUGACGAUCAAUAUAGAAUAAAAUAUGCUAAGCAUUCGUUUUUAUAAUAAAAACUAUUGUUCCUCAAAGUUGUGAAUAGAAUAAAAUAUAUCCAGCACUUGAA